AUGACUCUUUCCGUCGAGAAAACCGCCGCCGGUCGUGAGUACAAGGUCAAGUACAUGUCUCAGGCUGACUUCGGUCGUCUCUAGAUCGAGUUGGCCGAGGUCGAAAUGCCCGGUCUCAUGGCUUGCAGAGCCGAGUUCGGCCCAUCCCAACCUUUCAAAGGAGCCAAAAUCACCGGUUCUCUUCACAUGACCAUCCAAACCGCCGUUCUCAUUGAAACCCUGACCGCCCUCGGAGCCGAAGUCCGUUGGUGUUCUUGCAAUAUCUUCUCUACCCAUGACCAUGCUGCCGCCGCCAUUGCUCGUGACUCCGCCGCCGUGUUCGCCUGGAAAGGCGAGACCCUCCAGGAAUACUGGUGGUGUACCGAGAUAGCACUUGACUGGGGUUCCACUGGCGGACCUGAUCUGAUCGUUGAUGAUGGUGGGGAUGCUACUUUGUUGAUCCAUGAAGGAGUUAAAGCCGAGGAGGUUUAGGAGAAAACUGGGCAGCUCCCAGAUCCGUCGUCUACUGAUAACGCUGAGUUUCAGAUUGUUUCGACCAUAAUUAGAGAUGGAUUGAAGGCAGAUCCCAAGAAGUAUACAAGGAUGAAGGAGAGGUUAGUUGGUGUUUCUGAGGAAACCACUACUGGAGUUAAGAGGCUUUAUCAGAUGGAGACCAAUGGAUCCUUGUUGUUCCCUGCUAUUAAUGUCAAUGACUCCGUCACCAAGAGCAAGUUCGAUAAAUUGUAUGGAUGCCGGCACUCUCUUCCCGAUGGUUUGAUGAGAGCUACCGAUGUCAUGAUUUCUGGCAAGGUUGCUGUUGUCUGUGGUUAUGGUGAUGUCGGCAAGGGCUGUGCUGCUGCCUUGAAGCAAGCCGGUGCUCGUGUCAUCGUCACCGAGAUUGACCCCAUCUGUGCCCUUCAGGCUCUUAUGGAAGGACUUCAAGUUUUGACACUUGAGGAUGUUGUUUCCGAGGCUGACAUCUUUGUCACCACAACCGGUAACAAGGACAUCAUCAUGGUUGACCACAUGAGGAAGAUGAAGAACAAUGCCAUUGUUUGCAACAUUGGUCACUUCGACAACGAAAUCGACAUGCACGGUCUUGAGACCUAUCCUGGUGUCAAGCGCAUCACCAUCAAGCCACAAACCGAUAGGUGGGUCUUCCCCGAAACCAACACAUGCAUCAUUGUGUUGGCCGAGGGACGUCUCAUGAACCUGGGCUGUGCCACUGGCCACCCUAGCUUUGUCAUGUCAUGCUCAUUCACAAACCAGGUGAUCGCCCAGCUCGAACUAUGGAAGGAAAGGGCAACCGGCAAGUACGAGAAGAAGGUGUACGUUUUGCCCAAGCACCUUGAUGAGAAGGUGGCCGCUCUUCACCUUGGGAAGCUUGGGGCUAAGCUCACCAAGCUCACCAAGGAUCAAGCUGAUUACAUUGGCGUCCCUGUGGAGGGUCCAUACAAACCUCCUCACUACAGGUACUGAGGAAAGAGAUGGACUAGAAAAAACAACGCAUCUGGAUGGCUUGAAUUUGUUUUGAUGAUUUGGGGUUAUUAGAUUCUUAGGGUUUAUGCUUGGUUGGUAAGGCGUUGGUGGAAAACAAAUGAAAUGGUCUUCUGCUUGAAGAAGACCAGAUGGGAGUUGAACUUUGAAUAAGGUGUUGGGGUUGUGUGGAUAUUGCCAUUGGUGCAGUCCAGUUAUGAUGUAUCAAUUAACUAAUCACAAAAAGAAGGAAUUUGUUCACUUUCA